UUAGCUUUUGUUGUCUUUUCUAUUUAUGCCUUUUUCACUUUUAUACCUAUUUCCCCCCUUCUUUUUCCCCCCUUAUGCAUCUUAUCUGGCUGAUCCCUAACUCUGACCAUAGAGUGGCAGACGUAAGAAAAACAAGACUCUCCGAGCAUCUUUUUUCCGAGGAAGAGAAGUGACGCCGCUCCAGUGGAGUGCAAUUACCUCAACAUUGAUGCUUUGCUCCUUUGACCGUCUGAGGAUUUUACCUAAAACGGCUCCUCCCUCAGUCUGAGGCUAUGAAAGGGAGAGAGGAGUCCCAGGCCGCAUCACCAUGCUACUUCUGAGAAGCUGGGAUGAGACUUUGGCUGGCAAAACACGAGGUAUUUCUCUCCCGCUCCUACAUUAUGCCUGUUCGUGGACGCUGCAGCUCCUCCCUGCCUCACCAACAUGCUGGGGCUCAUUUCUCCCCCCGAAUGGUUGCUCAGGUGCAACACGGGGCUCGGACCCUUCAUCCACCUCCAUCGGUUCACCGCACCACAGGCUCGUCUUUAUGCCUGCCUCUCCUUUUUCUGCUGCUCUGUCUUCUCCACCUACCCCCAGCCUGUCACUCAAGGAGAGAAAAGGGCGGCGGAGGAGGCGGUGGCGGCCAUUACAUGCCCAUCCCGCAGCCCCCUCCGCACCACAUGGCCCUGCCUAACAUCCUGCGGGGCCUGAGCAUCGCUGUUGUGCUGGUGGGCAACUCCAGCGAGGUGGCAUUGGCAGGGGCCAGAGAGAAGGAGGACUUUCUCCACAUGGCUCCGAACGUGGAGGUGCUGACCAUGAAUGAAACGGACCCCAAAAGCAUUAUAAAGAGCAUCUGCGACCUGAUGACGGAGCACUGGCUGCAGGGUGUCGUGUUUGGGGACGACACAGAUCAGGAAGCCAUCGCUCAGAUCCUGGACUUCAUUUCAGCCCAAACCCACAUUCCCAUCCUCGGAGUACGUGGAGGCUCCUCGAUGAUCAUGGCUGCCAAGGACGACAACUCCAUGUUCUUUCAGUUUGGCCCCUCCAUCGAGCAGCAGGCAUCUGUCAUCCUCAACAUCAUGGAGGAGUACGACUGGUACAUCUUCUCCAUCGUCACAACGUACUACCCCGGUUACCAGGACUUCGUCACCAAGAUCCGAAACACCAUCGAGAACAGCUUCGUCGGCUGGGAGUUGGAGGAAGUUCUUCUGCUUGACAUGUCUGUGGACGACGGCGAUUCAAAGAUCCAGAACCAGCUGAAGAAGCUCCAGAGCCCUGUGAUUCUUCUCUACUGCACAAAAGAGGAGGCCAACACCAUCUUCGAGGUGGCCCACUCCGUAGGGAUCACCGGCUACGGUUACACGUGGAUCGUCCCUUCGCUGGUCGCUGGAGACACUGAUGUAGUGCCUGCUGAGUUUCCCACAGGUCUGCUCUCCGUUUCCUACGAUGAGUGGGACUACGGUCUGGAAGCCCGUGUUCGGGACGGUGUGGCGAUCAUCACCAUGGCAACGUCCACCAUGAUGAUGGACCGCGGGCCUCACACCUUGCUGAAAUCUGAAUGCCACGGAGCGCCGGAAAAGAAGACCCCAAUCUCAGGCAACCCCAAUGAAGUCCUCAGGUACCUGAUGAAUGUGACAUUUGAGGGGCGCAAUCUGUCGUUCAGCGAGGAUGGGUACCAGAUGCACCCCAAGCUUGUCAUUAUUCUGCUCAACAAAGAGAGACAGUGGGACCGGGUAAGAUGGAGAGAGAUGUGGCAACGUCUGGUUGUCUGUUUGCAGCUCAGUUCUCAAAUGUCUGGAGGAAAAGCUGUACCUGACUUGGCAUCUGCCCAUACCCACAAAGACACCAACGCCUGCUUUAAUGGCCACGCCAUCACCGUGACUGAUGGGUUAACAAAAUGGUCGGACCCGAACCCCACACAGAAUCCAUCAAGUCCUGUCAGGACCGAGAUGAGAGACACCAAACCCAAUAGUGCUGAUUACCUGAAG